AGCGGGUGGUGGCCUGGGUGGCUUGGGACUCCAGCCUUCCUCACCGGGCAGCGCAGCCUGGCGGGUGCAGGCGGACUCCCGUGCGCGCGCCCUGCGCACCGCCCUCCCGCCCCGCGCUCCGGGGCGCGGCCAGGGCACAGCACCCGCCCCGAGCAGAGCGCCGAGUUCCUUGAAGGCCGGCGGCCGCGGCAGACCUGCCUUCGCUCCCUCCCUCCCUCCCGUGACGCGCGUGCCCCGCAGCGCGCAGCCGCAGCGCCGCCAGCAUGCGCGCCGAGGCCCGCGGCGGCCUGGAGCGCUUCUGCAGUGCGGGCAAGGGCCGGGGGCUCCGCGCGCUGCGGCCCUUCCACGUGGGCGACCUCCUCUUCUCCUGCCCGGCCUACGCCUGCGUGCUCACCGUGGGCGAGCGGGGCCACCACUGCGAGUGCUGCUUCGCCAGGAAAGAAGGAUUGUCAAAAUGUGGACGGUGCAAGCAGGCGUUCUACUGCGACGUGGAAUGUCAGAAAAUCCACCCAGAGAGGACACCUUCAGAGAAAUUGUUGGCUGUGAGGGAGUUUGAGUCACAUCUGGACAAGCUAGACAACGAGAAGAAAGAUCUCAUCCAGAGUGACAUCGCCGCUCUCCACCAGUUCUACUCCAAGUACCUGGAAUUCCCUGACCACAGCAGUCUCGUGGUGCUCUUCGCCCAGGUGAACUGUAAUGGCUUCACUAUUGAAGAUGAAGAGCUCUCCCAUUUGGGAUCGGCGAUAUUCCCUGAUGUUGCAUUGAUGAAUCACAGCUGCUGCCCGAAUGUCAUUGUGACCUACAAAGGGACCCUGGCAGAAGUCAGAGCUGUACAGGAGAUCCACCCAGGAGACGAGGUGUUCACCAGCUACAUCGACCUGCUAUAUCCAACAGAAGACAGGAACGACCGGCUAAGAGACUCCUAUUUCUUUACCUGUGAGUGCCGGGAGUGUACAACCAAGGAUAAGGACAAAGCCAAGGUGGAAGUCCGAAAGCUCAGCAGCCCGCCACAGGCAGAAGCCAUCCGAGACAUGGUCAGAUACGCACGCAAUGUCAUCGAGGAGUUCCGGAGGGCCAAACACUACAAAUCCCCUAGUGAGCUGCUGGAGAUCUGCGAGCUUAGCCAGGAGAAGAUGAGCUCCGUGUUUGAGGACAGCAAUGUGUACAUGCUGCACAUGAUGUACCAGGCCAUGGGCGUCUGCCUGUACAUGCAGGACUGGGAGGGAGCCCUGAAAUACGGGCAGAAGAUCAUUAAGCCGUACAGUAAGCACUACCCCGUGUACUCCCUCAACGUGGCUUCCAUGUGGCUGAAGCUGGGAAGACUGUACAUGGGUCUGGAAAACAAAGCGGCCGGCGAGAAGGCCCUGAAGAAGGCCAUUGCCAUCAUGGAGGUAGCUCACGGCAAGGACCAUCCGUACAUCUCUGAAAUCAAGCAGGAGAUUGAGAGCCACUGACUGCACCCCAGCUUUCCGUCUGCGACCUCACUCACAGGACUUGAGUAUUUCCGACCUCACGGGUCACCCCAGCCCUCUGCAAAGCCUUGCCGUGCUAUGUUUCAGGUUCACGUUCAGCUCUGACCUUGAGUUCAUUUCCAGUGCUUGCCUUCUCUCCAAGGCCAUGGCAUGAGUUCACAGAAUAUAUAUUUUCGGCAGAUUGAGCUUUAGAGAUGCAACGACUUUUCCCUCUGUGCCUGUAGGAAUGCUCAGUGGAGCUGACCGAGGAAGAAAAUAAAAGAGCCAGUCAUUGAA